UAAAUUCAUAUCAAGGGAUGGAUUGUUUACAAAGACAGUCAAUGUGAAUGAAACUGGAGUGAUGAUCAGCAUGACUAGUCGUAAUAAUCCUGAUGCGAAUGGCAACGUGAUUACUUGGAUGAAAGAUGGAAGUGAGGUUCUUACAUCAUUUGGUGGGCAGACUCAGAUCAGCUUCCCAAACCCAAUCCAGACAUCAGACCAAGGAAUCUAUGAGAUCUACUAUGAUAACGAGAGGGAUCAAAAUAGAGGAGGAUUAUACAAACUCAUCGUCAGAGAAUGCGCUGCUGGUAAGUGGGGUCCCCCUGAGUGUUAUGGUAUCUGUGAUAAAUGCUACAAUGGUGGAGUCUGUGAUGACAAGUCUGGUCUAUGUAUCUGUCCUAACAACUUCAAGGGACCGAAUUGUUUAGAAAUUUGUAGAAAUGAUGGUGGAAAUCGAUUUGGAUUGAACUGCGAGUUUCGAUGUACUAGAAACAAUGAUCCUGCCACAAAAUGUCAUGGGUAUCUUUUUUGCCUACCUGAUCCUUAUGGAUGUUCAUGUGACGUCGGUGCCCAUGGUCUUGGAUGUAACACACUAUGUACUGCUAGUACAUAUGGUCCAGGAUGUUCACAGACAUGUCACUGUGCAGGCGGUGGUUCAUCAUGUAACAUCUACAGUGGAAUAUGUACAGGUGGAUGUCAGACUGGCUGGUCUGGGGACAGUUGUCAAAUUCCAGAUGAAUGUGAAGCCGGUUACUAUGGAUCUCAAUGCACUGAUAAAUGUCAUUGCUUGAAUGAUGAAUCAUGUGAGAAACAGACUGGAGAGUGCCCUGAGCAGAAGUGUGCUCUAGGAUACAAAGUACGCAGUAAUGGCCAGGUCCAAUGUCAAGAGUGUGAAGGGGGUACCUUUGGCAUUGAUUGUCUUCAGCAAUGUCACUGUGCUGCAGAAGCUUGCGAGACGGAGAGGGGUCAUUGUAAUGGACAAUGCCUUGAUAGCUGGUUUGGACCGUAUUGUCAAAGAAUAUCCAGAUUGGUUCCAGUGAGAGUGAACCCAUACCAACCAUCUAGCUUCACAUGUUAUGUUGAGGGUAUCCCACUUCCCGAUGCAUCCUCAGUUGAUCUGUACAGACGUACUGGAGACACCAAUAACAGGACAGGAAUCACCAUGAGAUCAAGCACUGUCUCAGGGUCAGAACGAGCUGUUGUCUUUGAUGUUGAUAGUGUGUAUCCACUGGCAGAUGGGGGAUACCAGUGCAUUCUUACUGUUGAAAAUACAGGCUAUCCCAGUACGCUCAUUACCAACGCAACCUAUGCAAUGCUUAAACAGGAAGGAAAGGGAGUUGUAACUCACAAACCAGCUAUCUCAGCAGAAGACAUGGACAAAAUCCAAGGUUCGCUUGAUUUGGAUGAUCCUGUGGGUCUUCAGGACAAGGCUUACACCCACCAUUGCCUAAGGGCAACCAGCAUCAGUACCCUACAAAAUGCUGGGUUCAGAGAAAGAGAAAUCAUGAGUGUCUCCGGACACAAGGCGGAGACCAGUCUCAAACACUAUGCUAUGACCAGCAGUACAGCCAAAGAAAACAUGAGUCAUGCUAUCGCGGCAGCCGUUGAUCCGAAAUCAGUACCAUCGUCAUCAAACAUAGGUCAUGGUAUCGCGGCAGCUGUUGAUCCGAAAUCAGUACCAUCGUCAUCAACAACAUCUACUGGUGGUCAGCGUAGUGAAAGCCAGGAACUGCGGGAACUAAAUGACAUUUUCAAUGAGAUCACAAAUAACCCAGAGAACUUCCCACGCACAUGCAACAUCACUACAAUUCUGCCAGUCAUUGAGAAAGCACCAGUGAUAUUGAGCACCACGUCAACUACAGUUGGUCUUCGAUGGAAUGAAUGGUCUGAAGAAGAUGACGUAGGUGAUCCUCCUCUGGUAGGAUAUGAUGUCUUUGUAAAGAAGGAUGGUGACUGGGUAACAGAUCAGAGAGUAGAUCAACUAACAACAUCAGCCAUCGUUAGUAACCUGACACCCGACACAGAUUACAGGUUUUGUGUAGCAGCAGUGAGGGAAGGAACAGGUGGAACAGGACCCGAGUCUCCUAGGAGCGACACAAUAACUCUCUGUAGAAAACCCAGUGCUUCUCCAACUGGACUACAAGUUUCAGCCAUCAACCCUAAAGAGCUAGAGGUGACAUGGGAGCACCUCCCGUCGGAAUCAGCAGAAUGCAGGAGUGGAGUGACCCAUUAUAUGAUCUACUACGCUCCCCCUGGUUCAACUUCUUCAAACUCUAUCCUAGUUUUUCGUGACACUAGCUCCUACACGAUAAGAGGGUUAGACACCUAUCUGGACUAUACCAUUCAAUUGACUGCAUUAAAUAAAGACGAGGAGGGUGACAAAAGCAGUGAGACUAUGAGCAAAACACUUGAAGAAGUCGCGCCUGCUCCUAUCAAUGUGACUAUACUGCAGAGUACUACAAGUUCCUUCACUCUAUCCUGGUCUACCCCUCUACCAUCUAACAUCAAUGGUAACAUCCAGAAAUAUAUCAUCCGCUACAAGCGAACUGAUCUAGCUGGUGAUGGCAAUUAUAAGAUGGAGGAAGUAAUGACUGGUGCAUUUGAUGUGGAACAUACUGUGAUGGACCUGGCCAGUGAAAUCAAUUAUACAGUUCAGGUCCAAACUCUCAAUGGAGCUGGUUUUAGUAAUUGGUCCGUAUCAGUGAAUGCAAAGACCAUCCUCUCAGGUGAUGAUAAUGGUUCCAGGAAACCGCUAAGUGCUGUGAUAGGGGGUGUGAUAGUACCCAUCGUUCUCAUCGCAAUACUACUAAUUACUUUGGUGAUGUAUAGAAGGAUCAAGCAAAGACGUUUAGAGACUGAACCAGCCGCGUCCCCACCAAACAAUGCACGUGAGACCUCAUCAAAGUAUAAGAACCCUGUAUUUGAUGACUCAAAGCAAGACCGCAAUACCUACGAAGACCCGAAUGCUGAUACCCAUGUCUACCAAGAUCUUAAUACAGAUACCCCAAACUACCAGAAUCUUACCGACCCCCAUACGUAUCAAGAUCUAAAGAAACCCAACACCGACGAUACCUAUCUAGAACCCAUAACAUCAGAUCCGAGAGACACUUACGAAGAAAUAUAGAGGCAGCCCUAGCGAGGCAGAGGCUUGGGUAUGGUGCCAGCAUUGAUACAUGCUGGAUCAACAAUAAUUAACAUGUUAUGCAAUACACAGAGUUUGCAAUAUGUAGCAUGGUGCUCAUACUUCCUAAAUAAUCAUGUGCUCAUACUACGAUAGUACACUAUUUCAAUUGAUGCAAGAAUUAUUAAACAGCUACUUUCAAUAUGUUAUAGAAACAGUAAAAAUCUUUUAUGGUUUUUAUAUCAUUACUAGUUUGUAAAUAAAGGGAUGAAAAGGUAAAUUUACGUCUAAAUUCGUCGAAGUAACUGUCAUUUACAAUGCAAAAAAUGCCACUUUUCACUUAUUCAUCACUUUUGUACAGUAAUCUUUUUUAUCUGUUCCGUCAAGUCAUAGAUAUUUUUUGUAUAGAUUGGUUAAACGUGUAGAUUAUAUAGAUUUAUUCAAAAUCUUGUGCCGAAGGCAGGACAAAUAUUUUGUUUAAGCUUGUGUAAGAAUAUAUUUCAUUCAGUAUAAAGGUCUAUUAGCCGCCAGCAACAUUGUCGAAAAAUUCAGUAUAAUUUCUUUGAAACACGUCGGUCACCCUUUUGCCCAAGUAUGGCAUUGAAAAAAUGCAUGAUAGUUAGUUAAGCUUUCGCUUGCUUUCUUCACCUUUCUGCCAGUCACCCGUUUGUCACACGUGCAAUUUUGCACAAAUCAAUAGGCACCAAUGAUUGACGGAAGCAUUGCUUUGUGCAACACAAUCCGGUGCUUUGUAAAAUUACUAAUUUCUGGUUUUGAUUAGCUCCGUGACAACCAUUUUAAUACUGGUACAGAUAAAUGUUGCUCUGGAACUGUUAAAUAUUCAUGAAACCUUGGGUUUAUCUAUUCCAUGAUGAAUAAUACGUGAAGCAGGGGAAUAAUUGUGUGGCAUUUAAAGAGUUAAGUCGUGUAAUAAGCUGUGAUGAAUAAAUAAAUGCAAAGAGACACCCAGACUUUUCAGGGGUUUUUUUCCAAGAGGGGUUGCCGAAUCUGCCUUUAUCCCUCCCAUCUUCAGAAUAUUCAGACCAGCCUGAAAUAGUAAUUGAAUGCAGGUAGUUCAUUUGUUCUGAAGAUCAUGACACAAUUUAUGUUAUUUCAUGAGUUUCUCAAAGAGACUGUGUUAUUGCUAUAUUGAUGAUGCUAUGAUGUACUUGUAUUUAUGAUUCUUUAUCUGUGAUUUAUCCACAGUUUUCACGGAAUGAAACGGAUGAAAUGGUUACUCAAAUCAUUAAAUGCUACAAAUUCCCGUAGAAGCCUUUGUUCAGACUUUUUUAUUUGAUAUCGACCUCGCUGCAGCCACAGUAUCGUAUUUGUAGAAAGAAAAAAAAGGGGCCUAACUUUUAUGUUGACAUGUUUUGUUCCAGAGGUAAAUUGAAAUCCAUUUAUAUGUUUAAAGUAACAGAUAUCGAAAUUGAAAUGAUUUGGUAUAAUAGCGAUAUUAAAAAUAGAUAUGAGUUAUUGCAUUUUCCAAACUGGAUAAGAAAUAAUAUACUUAGAGUGUUACAAGUCAUAGUAAACAGUAUUUGGAAAGAAGUUGAUUCCAUUUAUAUUAUUUUCAAGAAAAUGAAUUACUUUCUGCCUUCGAAUUGGCGAAGUUAAAAAGUGUAUUUCCGAUUUUUGGUGACAGAAGUUACGUAAUAGGAUACAAUAUGUAAAUAGUUCACAGAUACACAGAUCCCAGAUACAACUGACCACCUUUUCCUGGUUUGUCAUAAGGUUUCGCUUUUUUGGAAGCUUGUAUUCAAAUCAAUGGAUACUUCGUUUAAUUUUAAAAUCUCUAUAAACAAAAAUAA